CGCACGAAGCGUAUACUGGCCAAAAACCCCGCACAAGUUCUCCCAACCGGCUUCCCAAACCAGCUCGAGUCGGAACUUGUCUGGGAGGGGAAAGACUUCAAGGACGGCGAAUGGAUCUAUCACCUAACAGAAUCCGACGUCGAAGAAGUGAGAUCGGCCGUCGAGCGGUUCAAGGGCCAAAACCUUCCACUGGGCCUGCUCUCCCCAACGACCUUUCCUCUACCCUCGUUUUCCAAGGAACUGCAGAGGCAAGCACGAAUCUUACAUUUCGGCCGCGGCUUCUUCGUCCUCCGUGGUCUGCCAGAAUACCCGGAACCUCUGGAGAACACAAUCUCGUACGUCGGCGUAGCAUCGCACAUUGGUCCCACGCGGGGGAUACAAGACCCCAACGGCGCAGCGCUGGCACACAUAACCGACCUGCGUUCGCAAACCAACAACACAAACGCCAUCGGGAGCCCGGCAUACACCCCGGACAAGCAAGCCUUCCACACGGACCCGGGCGACAUCAUCUCCCUCUACGUCCUCGGCGAAGCCGCCAGCGGUGGCACAAGUCGAAUCGCGAGUUCCUGGAAAGUGUACAACCACCUCGCCUCGACGCGUCCCGACAUAGUCGACACCCUAUCCAAACCCUGGCCGUUCGACGGCUUCGGCGGUAAUCCGAAGGUGUAUUACCGGCCGUUGAUACACUUCCAUAACGGACGACUGAUAAGUCAGUACGCGCGGCGGAAGUUUAUCGGGUUCGGAGAGUUGCCAAGGUCCGCGGACAUCCCGCCGAUCACGGAGGAGAUGGCGGAGGCGCUGGAUGCGUUGCACUUCACGGCUGAGAAGUUUGCCCUGGGAUUGCAUUUCCGGCGAGGGGAUAUACAGUUUAUCAAUAAUCUAUCGCUGUUCCACUCGAGAGAUGGGUACACGGAUGAUGAGACACAUAAGUAGUUUUUUUUUUCUUUUUCUUUUCCCCUUUCUCCCCGAAAAAAAUCGGGCGCAAUAUUAGGGGAAUGGUGUGAGCUAAUGGACCGUGGGGGGGGAUAGACGACAUUUAAUGAGGAUUUGGUCGCGAAAUGAAGAACUUGGGUGGGAUACGCCCGAUGUGCUCAAGGGGCAUUGGGAACAGUUGUAUUAUAGCGGGCUUAAGCCUGAGGACCAGCUGUUUCCCCUGGACCCAGUGGUUAGGAGGAUGGUACCAAUUCCUGGGGUUGAGAAGAGCUUUUAGAAGGCUGGUAUUGUGAGGAUGACCCACCUCCUCUAUAAUACGAGCACGGCAUACUGGGAGGUGGGAUGGGGGAUCGCUGAAGCUGCUAUCCUGUGAUACUUUGGUUAACGUUUUCCGGUUGGUUGAGCAAAGAAAUGGAAUCUGAGUGACAACACAUGAUCCCGCACACAAUUAAGCCCUAAAUAAGCCGGGAAACCAAGAUAUCCAAUGCAUCAUAACCCACGACCUCAGACAUGACUGCCGGACACCAUACCCUGAAGGCCACAGCCGGCGACCCCUGCAAGAUAAUUGUAUCAUAAGCAUGAUAGCAAUCAAUAGCGAAGACGUGCAUCUCAACAACUAGCUAGAACAAAAUACCCGCGCAGAAGGGGGAAAUUGGAAACAAACGGAAAUGAGAUGGCAGGGGGAAUGAGGGAGAGAUUGCUGAAAUAAAACGGAUUCGCUCCACUCGGGAGACCUCCCUCUCGGCAUCCUUUACCAUUCAUUGCAUCGUGGGUCGUUCCCCAGCCUGUAAAACCAACCGGCUUCCCUUUUUGGGAAAAAGUGCUAUCAUCUCGCUUUGUUCAGGGCGGGUGUGGGGGACGCUGUGACUCAAUCGCUGCCCUACAGGUACGGCACCAUACUCUGGUAUCCUACUGUAUCAUACAAUACUGCGGCUGGAUCGUGCAUGAUACGGGUCGGGCCUUCUCUCGUGGGGCUUGAGGAUAGGAUAGGAGGUGGGAU